ACAGCAGGAGAAGUAAAUAGAAAUAAGUCUAUUUUUAUAAUACUUCUGUCUAAAGAUAAGAGUCUUCUAUUUAUUUACUCUAUUAUUCCAGUGCAAGAAGAAGAUAUAUUAAAAGUCUUUAUUAAGAUGAUUCAGUAUUUAGAGAAUUUUGAUAUUAUAUAUAGUAUAUCUAGUCUAGAGAAUAAACUUUGGCUAGAUUACUUACAGAUUACUAGAAUACUAAAUCUAAUAAGGAUAAUAUUACCUGAUAAGGAUAUUAACGUGUCUCUUUAA